AUGCCAGUCCUGAACCCUGCAGCCCCAGCUCAGGCCUGUCCUGAACCCUGCAGCCUCAGCUCAUGCCGGUCCCCUCCUGAACCCUGCAGCCUCAGCUCGGGCCGGUCCCCUCCUGAACCCUGCAGCCUCAGCUCGGGCCGGUCCCCUCCUGAACCUUGCAGCCUCAGCUCAGGCCGUCCUGAACCCUGCAGCCUCAGCUCAGGCCGGCCGGUCCUGAACCCCGCAGCCUCAGCUCAGGCCUGUCCUGAACCCUGCAGCCUCAGCUCAUGCCGGUCCCCUCCUGAACCCUGCAGCCUCAGCUCAGGCCGGUCCCCUCCUGAACCCUGCAGCCUCAGCUCAGGCCGGUCCCCUCCUGAACCCUGCAGCCUCAGCUCAGGCUGGUCCCCUCCUGAACCCUGCAGCCUCAGCUCAGGCUGGUCCCCUCCUGAACCCUGCAGCCUCAGCUCGGGCCGGUCCCCCCCUGAACCCUGCAGCCUCAGCUCAGGCCGGUCCUGA